AUGGCCAUCUCAGAUCUCGUCGAUAAUUCCGGCAAAUCUGCCUAUGACGAGCUCCUGUCCGCGUCUCGUCUCGCGUUUCCAGGGCUGGAGAACAUGAACAAGGUCUACAGACUGCCAAAAGCACAUUCAAGCAACGACGGCAAAGCCAAGGCCACAGAUGGGGGACCCUUGGAAGGCGGCGACCCGCGCCCUACCCCGGUGCCUGGUGGGGUGCUGUGCAGCCUGUGCUGGACCGUGGACGAGGAGGGGCCUCGGAGGAAAUGCGACGAAGACCUCGGGAAACAGAGAUUCCCCUAA